AUGAAAUACGACUAUGUCAUCCUGGGGGCUGGGUCAGCGGGCUGCACCAUGGCCAGCCGGCUGUCGGAGGACCCGACCAAAAGCGUGCUGCUGCUGGAGGCUGGGCCGGACUAUCCCGAUUUUGAGAGCUACCCAGACGAUCUGAAGUUCGGUUACGAUCAGACUGCCUCGGCAAUCGACGCUCCUCACAACUGGUCCUUCCAAGGCAACACCACGCCAUUGGCAACCGAGCCCAUGCCGGUGCCCCGCGGCCGCGUGGUCGGCGGUUCCAGCGCCAUCAACGGCCAGGUACUGCUCAGGGGCGUCCCCGAAGACUAUGAUGCCUGGGCCGCACUGGGAAACGACCAGUGGGGCUUCACCAGCGUCCUGCCCUAUCUGCGCAAGCUGGAAAGCGACAUGGACUUCGGUGCCGACGAUUUCCACAACUCUGAAGGUUUCAUCCCGGUGCGCCGCUUCGCGAAGGAGACUUGGCUGCCAGCUCAGCAGGCUUUCUAUAACGCCGCCCGCACCGCCGGGUUCCCCGACGACCCCGACAUGAACCACCCGGAGUCGGGCGGGGUCGGGCCAAUCCCUAUGAACAAUCCCAACGGCGUGCGGAUGAGCACCUCCCUGACGUUCCUCGGCGCGGCACGCCACCGCCUGAACCUGACCGUGAAGGCCAACGUCAUCGUCCACCGCGUCCUGUUCGACGGCAACCGGGCCAUCGGCGCCCAGGUUGAAAGCGGCGGCGAGACCUUUACCGUAGAGGGCGAGGAUAUAAUCCUCUGCUCCGGUGCCAUCGCCUCGCCGCAGAUCCUUAUGCUGUCUGGCGUGGGACCAAGGGAGACGUUGGACAAGUUCGGGAUCCCCAUCGUGCAGGACACUCCAGGAGUGGGCCAGAACCUGCGCGACCAUCCCAAUAUCCGGGUGCCCAUCGAGGUAAAGGAAGACUUUCCGCUCAACCCGCAGGACCCGCGCACCCAGGUCAUGGCCUCGUCCUUCUCUUCGCCCAUCUCCGGCGACCCGCUGGAGGCCGAGGGCAUCCGGUUCACCUGCAUCCUCGAGUUGGCCUACGGCAAGGGCCACCUGACCAUCACGUCCACCGACCCGAACGUGCAGCCUGAGCUGAACUACAACUACUUCGCCGACGACCCCCGGGACUUGGCCCGCAUGCGGGAGGCGGUACGGCUGUGCGUGGGGUUCGUCGACCACCCCGACUACGCCAACAUCGUUAAGGAAAUUAUCGAACCCACACAAGGAGACCUCGAAUCCGACGAUGCGCUGGACAACUGGCUGAUGCGCACCGUGUCCACCUCGCAGCACAUUUCAGGCACCUGCAAGAUGGGGCCGGACAACGACCCCAUGGCGGUGGUGGACCAGCAGUGCCGGAUCAAGGGCCUGGAGAACCUGCGCGUCAUCGACGCGUCGGUCAUGCCCGACUGCAUUCGCGCCAACACCAACUGCACCACCAUCAUGAUUGCCGAGCGAAUGGCCGAUAUCAUUAAGGGUGCUUAA